AUGUCUCUACAUAAAAAAAUAAGAGAGAUUUUUUCAUCUGCGUCAUUAAAUUUUUAUAAAAGAGAAGAUGUUAUAGAAAAAGUUAACAAUUUUAUUAACUCAAAAUCAGAUAAUAUUCUCCACUUAACAGGAAACCCUGGAAGUGGUAAAACUUCACUUGCUAAAUACGUUUGUAGAAAUAAAAAGCAUAUGUUUAUUAAUGCAUACAAUGAAAAUAUAAAAAAGCUUAUUUUAUUAAAUCACAAAAAUAAAAUAUGGAUUAUUGAUGAAUUUGAUAAAGUUAAUGAUUCUAAGUUUAUAAUUAAUUACAUUAAAACACAUAAUAAAAAACUUAUAACUCUAAGUAAUUCAUUAAACAAUUUUAAAUGUUUAAAUGAAAUAAAUAUAUCUCUAAGACCAUAUACCAGUAAAGAAAUAGAAGAUAUUUUACAUUUAAAAUGUGAAGAAGUUGGAGAGAAAUUCUUAAAUGAAUUUGAGAUCAAAUUUAUAGCUAAGAUGUUUGGUAGAACAGGUGAUAUGAGGCUUGUUUUUAAUUUUAUAAGAGACAAUUACGAUAAAACUACACAAAAAAUUAUACUUAAUAAAUCUACAGAGGAUAAUAAAGAUGUUGAAGAUGUAAAUAUUCAUCAUAAAAUAAUAAAAGAAAUCGUAUUUAAGAAUUUUGACAGAAGAAAAGCUUUUAGUAUUUAUAUUGAGGAGUGUGAGAAAUUGGGUAUUCCCUAUCUAUUUAGAAAUGAUUUUUAUUCUGUGUAUGAUAUUUAUAGUUAA